AUGUUCCACUACCGCAGAGACGAGUGCAUGUUCUGCGCCACGAUGUUCAAAGACGACCUUCUGGCCAUGAUGCACCUGUCCGACCACAUAGAGAAGCUGAAGAGGAGCAAAGAGUCGGCCGCUCAAGUAAACUCUGUCCCUAAGACCAAAAAUGUCUCAACAAUUAAGACCUCUUCCAAAGCCAAGACCACUCACAUGUCUUCUGAGCACCGAAGUAGUGAGAGACAAAGGAGAUCCAACAACUCUUCUCAAUCAAUAAGCCUUUCAGAUUCAACCCCAUCCAGAUCCAGAGAGUUGAGAUCCAAUGACAAGUCAGUGGACGGUCAAUCGUUACAUGGAACGAAACUAAACGCUUCAAAGCACCUUAAUGUUAAACCCCCUGUUCAGAAGAUAAAUGGGCAUAUUGGCCAAAAGAAAGAGCUCAAUAGACCGAAGAGGGACGCAGGAGCUAAGCAGGAGACUUCUCAAGAAAGAACAAAUGAUAAAGCAGAGAGGUUGCAAGAAAACCAAGACGCCAUGAAAGAAAGUAGGGAACCCGCCGAAGAGAAAGCUUUGGAGCAACAAGAGAGACUUUGCUGUCCGGUGAAUGGGUGCUUUUGGUUUACAGACCUGUCAAAAAAUCGUGUCGCGCUCCUUUACCACGCUCUCGAAGAUCACAAAGGCGAGGAGAAACCUUUACACCUGGCCUUCCGUGUAGGAAACGGCAAAUGUAGCAGCUGCAUGAGGGUCAUGUGGAGUUUCGAACAUUUUCAGCACCACGUGGAAAGACACCGGCUCGCUCCUCGGCAUCCUUGCCUCCAUCAGGGGUGUGCAGCCAGGUUCAAAACUGGGAUAGAAAUGCGACGCCACACCAGGAAGCACAGUCCACUGCAGGCAGUGUGCUGCCUCCCUGGCUGCUCGCAACUAUUUAUCUGUCUCUGGGCUCUGAACCUUCACGAGAGAGAGCACUAUGCUUCCAAAUCCACUAAAGCAGACAAGAACACCGACGAGCCAACAGUAGACGGACACAAUAACACUCUGCAGGAGGAGAAACAACAGAAUCAUAAGGCAAACACUGCUGCCAAUAAAUCUGUGAGUGUAAAGGCUGCUCGAAAAUUAAGGAGAGAAGCCACACAUGACCCGUCAACAGAAAAACCUGCUGAGUCUGUUCAGGAAGACGAGUUGAAAGACAGAAAGGAGACGCACGUUUUGAAGAAUCUCUCUAAUAAGGACACUUCCACACAGCCCGCUGGCCCUAAUCUCAGAUUAAGGCACAUUUUGAGAACUAACACAACCAAAAAUCACAGAGAGUUAAAACACAACAACAAAGUAAGGCACAAGUUCAAGAAGAAGCAGGUCAAAGUUGACACAAAAGGUCCGAAAAGAAGAGGGCGUCCUCCGAAGGCAAAGGUGGCUGUGCGUGAUGAAAACACAACUGAUGUUCCAAAAAGUGAACCUGUGGUAGAAACAACUAAAGCAGAGAAGAUCUCAGAAGUGAGCAACGAGUCAAAAGAAGAAGAAAAGAGUUUGCACAUCCAAGAUGAAGUAAAAACCACAGAAGAACUCAUCAACAAAUCAAAGAUAAAUAAGCAGGAUCACGUUAAACAAAAGAUCUCUAUAGCUAACUCAGUAAUCAGCACCACCUCCACAGACAGAGUGAGGAAUAAAGCAAAGAAACGCUGCGCUACUACAGGAAGCGGUAGUCAAACUGCUCCUUCAGACUCGAAGAAGCUCAAGGUAACGGAAACAAAAGCCAAUGCGAAGAUUGUCAAGAAGAAAAGUCCUGUCAAAGAACCAACGUCUGCCUCCAAAAGUCCUGCCACGUCGACCUCCUCUAACUCUGUGCCUGCUAACCGUCUGAAUCCGAUCGCUGCACCACCCACCACCUCAGGAGAGCAAACGAAGACAGUGGGCAAGCUAAGGAAACCGCACAGGAAAGAAAAGACUGCUUCCUCAGACACAAAGAAGGACACAAUUUGUAAAAAAGUUGAUAAGAAAACACCCAAGGGAUGCAAAGAUGCGAGCAAAACACCUGCGUUAAAGAAGUCCAAAUCUGCACAGAAACAGGCUAAAGCAGCAGCAGCAGAUGUGGGAGAAAAGGCUAAAGAAGAAGAGAAAACACAGAAGGGAACAACAGGGGAAAACUCCAUUGAAUCCAACACAGCAAAUGGGAAGCUCAAAAACGUACAAGAGGAAGGCGACGCAGGGAUCGUCAAGAAAACAUGCCAAGAUCUGAGUUGUGCAUCAGCAUCCAAGGAGCCUGUAAACACUGAGGAUAAGGGGGUGAAAGCAGAGGCAGUGGAGAGCCUUGUAAAGGAAGAGGAAACGCAGAAAUGUGUCAAACAGGAAAUUCUCACAGGGUACGGUAGGGGGCCCUAUGUGCGUCCCCCACCUACUGCAUACCUGGACGAGAAGUACAUCACCAUGCCGAAGCGUAGGAAGGAGCUGCUGUUCUCUCAGUCGUCUCGGAAGAGCCCCCCCCUUCUGCAGACCUGCUCCGCAGCACUUCCGCAGAGACAACGCUGCGCCAACUGCUUCGCUACGUUCAACAGCGCAGAGGAUCUGCAGAGUCACCUCCAGCUGAACAAGUGCUCCAACCUCUUCGGAUUCGACUCCGACGACGAGGGCAACCUUUUUUAACCUUUUUUUAAAGAAAUGAAUUUGAGGAAUAACAAAGAUGAAGACACGCAUGGAUCAGACCUCUCCGGAUGGCGUACUCCCAGAUGUUGGCAAGGAGUCGUGCAUCUGGAAAACCCUGAAGGGUGACCCUGAAUUUCCCUGCAGCAUGUGCCUGUAACACAAGGCCCGGGAGCGGCCACGGGACAACCGCUCAACAACAGACGACUGAACUGCACGCCAGUCAGACCGUUGGCAGUACAGCGAAGUGCCUGCUCUGGAUCCGCCGUGCUGUUUCCAGCUGCUUCCUGGAGAUUAAUGUGGCUUAAAAAGACUUCUGAAAGCUGUGAAACAAAAACUUAGGUCGAGGCUGCUCCUGCUAUCAUCACAAUUCAUAUUUUUCACAAGCCAUAUGUUUGCUUUUUGCACUGGUCUCAUAAGAUUUCCUUCUGCUUAAAAAGAUCUUUUCUUUAACAUCCUAUAAUUAACUAUAUGUUUUUUCACCUUUGAACAUUUGUUAGAUUGCUGUAUCUUCUGGAGAAUGUGUUAUUGUUUUUUUUAAACACUUCACACAUGGGAUGAAGUCUCAGCUUGUCUUUCACAUGAGUAACCGCUAGGGGGCAGUGUGCACCCAUCUCAGCAUCAUGCGGAGAUUCUUGCGAAAUACAACAUGUUAUUAUUAUUAUGUAUUAUUAUUAGUAUGUGCAACUGAAGGAUUUUGUAUACAAAGCUGCUCCUCGGUUUUUAUCACUGGACUUCCUGUCAUAUCCAUCAAGCUAUAUUUUUUAGCAAUAACAACAAAAUGUGCCAGUGUCUCUCUAAUAUUUUUCAGAUCAUUUCCUGUGUUUUAUUCGCUGUGAGUGGAGCAGCAUAAAUGUUGGUUCAUAUUAUAUUUUCUCACUUAGCCAUUUUAUCUUUACUGACACGAGCAAGAAAAUCCUUAACAAACCACAGUUUUUCAUGAGCUUCAGCAGGAAGUUAUAUUUAUUUAAGUUUUAUUUUCUAUCUUUUGUAAAUAUUUGGAGAGUUUCAAUGGCUUAUUAUAUAAGGGGGUAUUGGAUCUGGGUUUAUAUUUUUGUUCUUCAGGUAAAAAAAAUAAAACUUAUUUCAAAUGGCA